GUACACGGAGGCGGUCUUUAGCAGUCUCAGACAAACAGGUUCUUGAGUUGGUAAACAGCAUUGACCUCAUGGUAUGGAACGCACCAUUGCAGGGACACGAGCGUGCACGACUGAACAGUCGGUAGAAAAUUCUGGUGGAGGCGACGUCUCCUCGUGCCGGUCUCUGGUGCCUCGGGCGUGAGCGAGCGACGGAGGGCCGUCAUGGCGGGCGACAUGAUGCUGCUGAUGAGGGGGCUGGCGAAGCUGAGCCAGGCCGUCGUGGAGACGCAGGCCGGCGUGCUGCGUGGAGGCGGGGCGCAGGCAGCCAUCCACAGCGCCCAGGUGACCGCCGAACUGGGCCUCACCGCUGCCAUGCAGAAGAUGCAGGAGUUUGGCACCCGACAGCAGAACAUCUCCGAUUUUGGAGCAGAGGUGGACACCGAGUUUGAGUUUGCUAGCACGGAGGAAGGUAGAGACAAUGAACCCCUGAGAGAUGGUGGCUUCAAGUCAGAGCAGGAUGUUGGCGGGGAGGUCAGAACGAACGGUCAAGCCUCGGCAAGAUCUGGCAGCAAGCUCUUUGAGGGCUAUAAGGACCCCAGCAAACAGUUUCAGUACCGUUCAUAUCAUCAAGACCACUCUUCAGUCGGUGGACUUACUGCGGAGGACAUCGAGAAAGCCAGGGAGGCCAAGAGGUCCGAGUCCAAGCCACACAAGCAGAUGCUUAGUGAAAGAGCACGGGAGAGAAAAGUGCCAGUGACAAGGUUAGGGAGGCUCGCAAAUUUUGGAGGUCUGGCCGUGGGGCUGGGAAUCGGGGCCCUGGCGGAGGUGGCUAAGAAGAGCCUGAGGUCAGAGGAACGGAACGGGGAGAAGAAGUCCCUGCUGGAGUCCAGCCCCUUCCUGUCGGAGGCCAACGCGGAGAGGAUCGUGCGGACCCUGUGCAAAGUGCGCGGAGCCGCCCUCAAACUGGGGCAGAUGCUGAGCAUUCAAGAUGACGCCUUCAUCAACCCCCAGUUGGCCAAGAUCUUUGAGCGUGUCCGACAGAGUGCAGACUUCAUGCCCAUCAAGCAGAUGAUGAAAGCUCUGAACAGCGACCUGGGCCCUAACUGGAGAGACAAGCUGGAGUUCUUUGAAGAGAGACCCUUUGCAGCUGCUUCCAUCGGCCAGGUCCACCUGGCCAGGAUGAAGGAUGGCAGAGAAGUGGCUAUGAAGAUCCAGUACCCCGGGGUGGCACAGAGCAUCAACAGCGAUGUGAACAACCUGAUGACCGUCCUCAGCAUGAGCAAUGCUCUACCUGAAGGCCUCUUCCCUGAGCACCUGAUCGAGGUGAUGAGCCGGGAGCUGGCACUGGAAUGUGAUUACAUACGGGAGGCGAAAUGUGCCAGAAAGUUCAAGGACCUGUUGACAGGUCACCCUUUCUUCUACGUGCCGGAGGUGAUCGACGAGCUGAGCAGCCAGCACGUCCUCACCACGGAGCUAGUGUCCGGCUUUCCCCUGGACCAGGCCGAGGACCUCUCCCAGGACCUCAAAGACGAAAUCUGCCAGAACAUUCUGCUUCUGUGCUUGAGAGAGCUGUUCGAGUUCCGCUUCAUGCAGACCGACCCCAACUGGUCCAAUUUCUUCUAUGACCCACAGACGCACCGGGUGGCUCUGUUGGACUUUGGUGCCACGAGAGGAUUUCACGAGAGUUUCACCGACGUCUACAUCGAGGUCAUCAGGGCGGCAGCUAUAGGAGACCGUGAACAGGUGCUGAAGAGAUCAAUUGACAUGAAGUUCCUCACAGGCUACGAGUCAAAGGCCAUGCUGAACGCGCACGUGGACGCGGUGAUGAUCCUGGGCGAGGCCUUCGCGUCCCAGGAGCCCUUUGACUUCGGCAGCCAGAGCACCACGGAGCGCAUCCACAACCUCAUCCCCGUCAUGCUGAAGCAGCGGCUCACCCCGCCCCCCGAGGAGACCUAUUCGCUGCACCGCAAGAUGGGCGGCUCGUUCCUCAUCUGCUCCCGCCUCCACGCCAAGCUGUGCUGCCACGACAUGUUCCAGGAGGCCUACAGCAAGUACUGGAGGGAGCGCCGGGGCGGGCCCAGCCAGUGACGUAAGCGCAAGGGGGCCAAUCGGGAAGCCGGAGCGAACACGGGCGAGAUGGGAGGGGCUAAUCCGGCCCAGACGACUUGCUCUGCCGUGAACUGAAUGUAUAUGGCACUCUUUCCUCUUUCCCAAAAUUUUUCCUUUCUUUUUUUUUUUUUUUUUGAAAUGGGUUAAAUUCAUUGUUAAAGUCCAGUUAACCCUUGACAAAACAGACUAGCGGUUUGAAAAAAGAAAACGGAAAUUUCUGUAGCAGAAUGGAAUGGCGGCCGAUGGGGGUUGGACUGUGGAACAAAGACCGUGCGCCUAAAAGUGCACAGGCAGUUAUGUGGAAGUGAACCGUGACUCGUCCUGUGCGAAAGGCUUCGCAAAGCAAGCACACAAACCCAUUUUGCGUCGAGUGUUAGGUAUUCUAGGCCUCCUGCAGUUCAUACUCCAGUACCACGUGCAUGGACAACGUUUUAAAAAAAGACUAACAGUGGUAAAGCGAUACCUUUCCAGUUAUCGGACGUGCGUACCCAAAAGUGUGCAGAGCGGUUUGCUACGCCGAUGUAAAACCCACGCCCAAUUCCUGCUCCUGUGCGCACACUACUACUAGUUCCUGUAGGAGAAACAUUACGCACAACUGGCUCCAACAUCACUGUCUCAUUCAAGAGUCAAAAUUCCAGAUACAUUCAGUAUAGAAUGGAUAGCAGGCUUCUUCUUAAACAGAUUUGGGUAGAGGCUCUAGAUUAAUAUGAUACUUGUUUUCGGUCCAGUGCCUGUCUUUGAAAUAUAAUGCAUAAUAACUUUGUGUUAACCUGCUUGCCCUGCAAUAGGACAUUUAGUACCUGCAUUAAAUGUUGGAAAAAGCUUUGUUAGCCAAAUAUGUUGAUCUAACAUUGUUGUAUGCAAUCAGAAGUGACUACAGCGCACCUGUUUUUUUGUUGUUUGUUUCUUUUCUGAAUCACUGUUCAUUGUCAAAAGACUUAUCAAAGACUGUCAGGUUAUGGUUUCUUUUUUGUCAGUGGUAAUUCAGAUUUGAAAGCCUGACCUUUUAUGAGAAAUGACACUUUCAGCAUUAUUUGUGGAACCUGCACUCUCUCUGUGGGAUUACCAGUGUAAAUGUGCCUAUGGAAUUAGGUCAAAGUUAAUGGAGACUGUGUCCCCUGGUUUCCAUACAAUGAUUAAUAAACUAUGGACAAAAUGGGUUUUUAAUUUUCCUAUGAAAUGCAUUGUUACGUGGAGUUAAUAAAAAUAAUCUUCAAAUUGAAA